CUCCGGCUUCGUUUCAGGUUUCAGGACGAUGGCCUCUCUCCGGGUUCUCCUCUUCUUCCUCGUCUUCUUCCUGCUCCAUCUCCAGACAUGGGCUAAAAACGACGCCCCCUGCCAGCUCUCCAAGUGGAACAACGGCUACAAGACCUUCAUCAAGCGCCACAUCCGCUCCGGAACGCCCGACUCCUACGACGAGGACGAGUGGAAGGCCUACAUCAAGACCCACGGCGGCUGCGACCGGCCCACGCAGUCCUUCCUGCUGCCCCGGGACCUGGACCGGGUGCGGGCCGUGUGCUCCAGCGGCGGCGGGCAGGUCUACCGGGAGAACCUGUGCAUCAGCCGGCAGCCCUUCACCUUCGUCACCGUCAGGAGCCAGCCGGGAACCUGCAGCAUCCGCAGCGUCAAGGCCGAAACCAAGCACCUGAUCCUGGCCUGCGAGGUCCUGGAGAACCAGUGUCUGCCGGUGCACUUCGAGGGGAACCCGGAAGACCUGAGGCCGGACAACAACGCCAGAGGAUGCCAGGAUCCUGAGACGAGAGGAGACGCUGCAGCCCUGAGGACGACGUGGCUCUGGAUGGUUUCUGCUCUAAUAUUUAUUGUUUAUGCUUAUUAAACUGCUUCAGAGGAGGCUUUGGAGGUUUCAUUUGGAGAUUUAAAACGGUAUAUUUAUAAAAAGUUCAGUUCCUACUUGAAUAUGCAUGUAUUGUGAGGAUUUCCAAAAGAGAAAACAAAAUCUGGAUUUAUUUAAUAACUAAUUUCUUCUCUGGAUGCUUCUAUCUACAGGGGACUGACAACAUGCAGAGAAAAAAAAUGUAAUUUCAUUUGAUUUUUCAUUCCUUUCCACUGCAACAAAUAUAAGAAAAUGGGGUUUUUUUUGCUGUAUUUUGCACCAACCAGCCAUAUUUUCACACAGACAAUAAAUAAGCUAUUAGAUUACAACACAUCAGCUGUAUAUUUAUAAAAAGUUCCAUUUUUAAGGACAUAUUCUUUUGUAAAAACAGUUUCUUGAAUAUACAUGCAAAAAUAAAAUUUGGAAAGAAAAGCGA